AUGGUUUCAACCUCCAAUAUUGUGCUAUUAGUUUCUCUGUUACUAACAAUUCUUGUUGCAUUGCAGUUCAAUGAAGGUCAAAGUUUUACGCCUAUUCCUGUCCCAGUAAAAGUAUAUGUUACCAACAACUUAACUGGCAAUCUUCAGCUUGGUAUUGAAUGUAAAGACAAGCAUCAGGAUUUUGGAUAUCAAAUCAAACAUUUUAGAGAAAGUUACAUCUUCACUGUUCAUCCUACAUUCCUAUUUCCAACUAAAUUAUUCUGGUGUAGUUUUUCAUGGAUUAAUGGAGCUAAAUAUUUUAACAUUUAUGAUCAAAAACGAGAUGAGGAUGAUUGCGACAAAGAAUGUCGUUGGGAAAUAAAUGCAUACGGACCAUGUAAGUUGAAGGCUGGAUCUAUACAAUGUUUUCAGUGGAAUGCUAAUAUUGUUGAAGGAGAUAUGAUAACUGGUGAAGGGAAUAAUAAUCACAAUGUGUAA